UUAAGUAUUAAUUUAAAAAAAAUAGAUAUUAUAUUACAAAAAUUGUAGCAUCCGCCGUGGAACAGAAUGGAAAUAGAAACAACUACAGCAGCUAAUGGAACACUGGACGAUAAUUUCAAGUCUUCUGUUUUAUCCAGCGUUGAUAUAAUCGUGAUUGUCCUAUAUUUUAUUGUCACGUUAGCGGUUGGACUUUGGGCAAGUCGAUCAUCAUCGCGUAGAAGUGUAAAAGGUUAUUUUCUUGCCGGAAGAAGCAUGUCUUGGCUUCCUGUCGGAGCAUCGUUAUUUGCAUCAAAUAUUGGAACUGGACAUUUCAUUGGUUUGGCCGGCACAGGGGCGGCAAACGGAAUUGCCAUAGGAUCAUUCGAGUGGAUUGCGCCAUAUCUUAUCCUUUUACUUGGAUGGGUGUUUCUUCCAGUGUACGUUUCCUGUGGCGUGUACACGAUGCCAGAGUAUUUACGAAAGCGAUAUGGCGGCCAAAGGUUGAGAAUUGCAAUGUCUGUUAUAUCAAUGAUGUUGUAUGUUCUAACAAAGAUAGCGGUUGAUAUCUAUGCUGGAGCCCUAUUUAUUCAAUUGGCUCUUGGAAUAAAUAUGUACUUGGCCAUAGUAUCUCUUCUCGUUGUUGCAUCCGUAUAUACGAUCCUGGGAGGUUUGAAGGCUGUCAUUUACACUGACACGAUGCAAACGGUGGUAAUGCUUAUUGGAGGAGUACUUGUUAUGGCGAUGAGUUUUGCCAAAAUCGGUGGCUAUAACGUCUUGGAAGAAAGAUAUAUGAAUGCAAUUCCUAAAACAACAAUUGAUAGUUGGGGAACAUCAAAUUCCACAACAUGUGGAGUUCCGAGAGCUGAUUCAUUUCACAUAUUUCGCGACGCUGUGGAUUCCGAUCUUCCAUGGCCUGGCAUGUUGUCAGGAAUUUUUCUUCUUGGAACGUGGUAUUGGUGUACUGAUCAGGUUAUCGUUCAAAGAGCAUUGGCAUCGAACUCAAUUCAGCACGCGAAAGGAGGAUGUGUUUUAGCUGGAUACCUUAAACUGAUUCCAAUGUAUAUUAUAGUGAUGACAGGAAUGGUCAGUCGAGUAUUGUUUCCGGAUGAAGUUGCAUGUGUUGAACCAAGCGAAUGCGAGCGAGUUUGCCAAAAUCCAGAAGGUUGUUCAAAUAUUGCCUAUCCGAAGCUUGUUCUUGAGGUAUUGCCAACCGGCCUGCGAGGAAUCAUGGUUGCAGCAAUGCUUUCUGCUCUUAUGAGUUCUCUGACAUCAAUCUUCAGCAGCACCAGCACAAUUUUUACACUUGACAUAUGGACACGCAUUCGUAAGACUGCGACUGAGAAAGAACAAUUGAUCGUUGGCAAAAUUACUGUCGUUCUUCUUGUUGCAAUAUCAAUACUUUGGAUUCCGAUUCUUCUGACGUCAGCCGGAGGACAACUUUUCAUUUACCUUCAGGGAAUUCAAUCUGCUCUCGGGCCACCUAUAUUCGCUAUAUAUUUAUAUGGUAUUCUGUUUCCAAGAAUAAAUGAGAAGGGGGCUUUUUGGGGUUUGAUUGUUGGGUUUUCCGGAGGAAUUAUUCGCUUGAUUCUUGACUUCUCCCACAAAGCACCACCAUGCGGAGAUGAUGAAUACAGACCUGCCAUUUUGUAUAAAAUAAACUACCUCUACGUAAGCUCAAUUGUGUUUGCUGCCUCAACAAUCGUUAUAUUCACUGUAAGUUAUUUGACUGCUCCACCUAAAGAAAAAGAGCUCUAUGGGACGACUUGGAAAACAAUUCAUAAGCGAAUGGUGGAGUCUCAUAGUAGAAAGCCUUCACUUGAAGAGAGAGUUGUUGUCGAACCAUCUGAAAACGUAGAACCGGAAUCAAAUGAGAUGGUUGAGAAGAAGGAAGAGGACAUAAAUAAUGAUUAUCGAGCGGAAACAGACCAAUCGAAGCCUAGCGAAUAUCACCUGAGUGAUUUGUAUGAAGACGAAGGCUAUGCUUUCUGGUUGAACGUAAUUGCAAUUUCUCUAAUCAUAAUCACAACCUUCUUGAUGGGAUAUUAUGGAUAAACUCAAUCUACAUCAAUCAAAAUUGAUUACUAAAAUUCCGGUUUAUUCCGAUUUUUGCUAGUUUCUUGUUCGCUUACACCAAUUUGAAUGUAACGACUAAUAAAUAUGACUAUUGCAAACAAAGAAAA